CAACAGGUCACUGGAUAGACUGAGCUGGACGGAACUUCAGAGAUUUUUACGCACGGAAGAACCCGUUUACUGGACGAACUGCACGCGAUUUAAGGAAAUGAACUGGAACUGCACGCGCAUUUUGCAUGAUUUUGAAUCCAGAUACCCAUCUCUCAGGGCACCAUGGAGACCCAUAAGCUGUUUUUAGCCAGCACUGCUGGUAUAGGAGAUCGUUUGCUUGAAGUCUCCAUGCGCUUUCGAAGAACUUCCCGUCGAUCUACCCACUCAUAGGAUAUGCUGUGUUUUCUUCAGAGCCCACGCAAACACGCGAGGAACGUUCUCCAGUAAUAAUUAGAAAUGCAGAGCCGUGGUGUGGCGAGAAAUUCACUUGGACUGUCCGCGGUGCGCUCCUGCUUGCUGCUGCUCUUCAUCCACCUGAGCGCACCGGUGGAGGCGAGGAGAGUGCGCGGCGGUCGGGCGCAAACACGGAGGGUGCAGCAGCAGCAGACGCCCCCGCCGUACAGGGAGCGGGUGGAAGGAGCAGAAAGCUUCCCGUUAGACUUCACAGCUGUGGAGGGCAACAUGGACAACUUUGUAGUGCAGAUAAAGAACUUAGCGCAGUCACUCUAUCCGUGCUCUGCGCAAAAGCUGGACCAGGACAUGAAGCUGCACUUUUUGAAGAACUUGUCCGUGACUUGCAACGACGGGUCACCUGCAGGUUACUACAUCAAGGAGUCAAAAGGAAGCAAGAGGUGGCUGCUGUUCCUGGAAGGUGGAUGGUACUGCUUCGACAGUCAGACCUGUGAGAGCAGGUAUGAGACGAUGAGGAGACUGAUGAGCUCCACCAAGUGGCCACUAACCAGAACAGGAAGGGGAAUUUUGUCUCCGCAGCCGGAGGAAAACCCUCACUGGUGGAACGCCAACAUGGUGUUCAUCCCGUACUGCUCCAGCGACGUGUGGAGCGGAGCCACCCCGAAGACAGAUCAAAGUAAGACCCAGUGCGUGAUCGCCCAGUGUGUUAGGGGCCUGGCUGAUUCUGGAUGGUUCCUGGAUAACAAACAGUACAAAUUCACAGACUGCCUGGAUACAAUCAGCUGUGCUCCCACUGAAGCCAUAAAGAGAGGCAUCAGGUACUGGGGAGGACUGGUGCCGGAGAGCUGCAGGCAGGCUCACGUGGGAGAGGAGUGGAACUGUUUCUUCGGAUAUAAAGUCUACCCCACAUUAAAAAGCCCGGUGUUCGUGGCGCAGUGGCUCUUCGACGAGGCCCAGCUGACGGUCGAUAACAUCCACCUGACCGGACAGCCCAUCCACGAGGGCCAGUGGAGGUACAUCCAGAAAUUGGGGCAGGAGCUGAGGCUUACGCUUCGUGACGUACCGGCGAUGUUUGCACCGGCAUGCCUGUCUCAUGAGCUCAUCACGAGAGCGGACUGGACGGACAUCCGAGUGAAAGGAAUCUCCCUCCCCAGAGCCCUCCACUGCUGGGACCGCAGCCUCCAUCACAACCUCCACAUCAACAGCAGCCACGGCCACCAAAAGCACACGACCCCUCCCGUGAGAGGUUGUCUUCUACAGCUGAUCGACAGCUGCCCGUGGCCGCACUGCAACCCCUCCUGCCCGACCAUUCGGGACCAGCUGACAGGACAAGAGAUGAGCGUCAUCCAGUUCCUGAAGCACAUGGGCUUCGACGUGCAGAAGAUGGCUCAGCAGCAGGGGAUGGAGCCCAAGAAGCUACUGGGCAUGCUCAAUAACGGGAACUGAGACACAUUUUCAGAAGAGUGGAUGAAAACCGAGAUAUCCACCAACAAAAUAAACACACAAAAGUGCCUCAUGAGUUUUGACAAUAUCGUUCAGCUGAAUACAAUCAAACCAGUGUUUGAGCUCUUAAACUACAGUAUAUGAGAUCACAUCAGAUCCACAUAACCUCCAUAAAUAUGCAGUUUUAUGUACUGUAUCAUUUAUAUGUGCAGGUCCGUCUCCGGAGUUUUGAUGGGAAAGACUGGAAACACUUCCCAGUUUGUUGUUGUGGAUUUUUCCAGCAUGUUCUUUGUGGGACUUUGGUGCUCACCUCUAAAAUAUCCAGUUCAGAAACCCAUCUACGGUGCUGCUGUUUCAACCCUUCACCAAAUAUGCUGCUUUUUUUUCUCUUUAUGGAAAAGAUAAUUUAAUGGGUAAUAUUUACUGAUAUAAAGAUGAAAUAUUACUUUGUUCUUCAGGCCACGGUUAAAGGAUUUAUUUAUUUUUCUACUGAAGAGAACUUUUUAUAUUUCCUUAUGGUCAAACACAGUUAACCACCUACAUACCACCAACUACAUAUUUGGCUUUUUACCUGCAUGUUUGUUUAAAGAAAAGAAGAAAGAAAGAAAAGAAAGUGUAUGCUUGUAGAGUGCAUUAUGUCCAUACUGUUCUUCAGGCUGUAAGCCUUAUAUUUUAUUGUAUGGUAGUAGUGCUCACUCCUUUUAAACGCACUAAUAAAGACAAAUACACGCUGAAAUAUGACAAAAAGAUAAUUUACUUACAAAACAGAACAGUGGCAGUUAUCACCCAAGAAAAAAAAUAACAUCAUUUACAACAUAAACACACUCACACCAACAAGUAAUAAAUCCACCUACAGCAUA